AACAUGAAACUGUUCAACCUGCUAGUGCUGGUCCUCGCGGUGGUCGCCAUGUUGAUGGGCGGCGCCAGCGCACACCCCAAGGGCACGGGGAAUGCAUUGAAAAAAGGAGCUAAAGCUGUCAAAGGAGGGAUCGGUGCGAUUGGAGCUAUCGGUACUGGCCACGAAAUUUACGAACACGUAAAGAACAAAGGAAAAUAAACGCGGUCAGAAGAGUACAAUAGUACAUACCUGUAUUUUAUGAUAUAAAAAUAUUGUAUACAUCGGUAUUAAUUAAAUUUGAAAAAUAAAACAUUACCUACUUAC